CCGCGUCGCGUCCUUUAGAGCCGGAGCACCGUGUGCCGCAGGGAGACGGAGAGGGAGAAGUUAGUCAAGAUGGCAAACUCCUCCGCGCCGGAGUGAAGGGGCGCCGCUCCCCCCUCGACACAACUCACACGACCCGAGCCCGACGCCUCGCUCCCCGGACAAACCCCGACGAUGCGAACCGCGCCAGGAGGCGUAAGAGGGAUUCCCUGAAGCGGACGGACGGAGGAAAAUGCCAGUGACGCUGACGUGACACAAGCGUGUCGCUGGAAGAAAGCUGACUCAUCAGAUAUCAAUCGCAUCCCCUGAUGCCUUGCUAGAGGAGCAACCUCGCGAACCCCUCGACCUCCAGCUGCAGCUCCAGCGGAGGGGACGCUGCGGGAGAACCCUCCACCUGCAGGAUUAUAUGUGUGUGGGGGCGAAACACAUUGAAAGCUGAUAAUGACAACGCAAAGAAUGGCAACGCAGCGCUUCAGCUGAACUCCACAAUUCAUCGUCCUCCUCCCUCCUCCUCCUCCUCCUCCACCCCGGCAACCAGGUGAUACGAGCAGCAUCCUCCUCGUAGUCAGUUUCCCCCCAAGCGCUAGUGUAAAGUUUUUUGGGGGGGAGGUCGCUCCCGGAGUCAGCUCAUCACCACCACCACCACCAGAGUCCUCACGCCCGCCCGUUCGUCCGCCCGCCCGCCUCGCAGACCAUGAUGUUUCGCGACCAGGUGGGCGUCCUGGCCAGCUGGUUCAAGGGGUGGAACGAGUGCGAGCAGACGGUGGCUCUGCUGUCGCUGCUGAAGAGGGUGAGCCGGACGCAGGCCCGCUUCCUGCAGCUGUGUCUGGAGCACUCCCUCGCCGAGUGCACCGAGCUGCAGGUCCUGGAGGGAGAGGCCAACAACCCAGGAGUGAUCAGCCAGUGGCAGGGCGAGCCCAAGGAGCGCGUCAUCUCGCUCGUCCUCACCCACCUCCCGCUGCUCAAACCGGGCAACGUCGAGGCCAAGGGCGAGUACAUGCGCCUGCUGCCGCGCAUCCUGGCCCACACCAUCGAGCACGGCCACCACCUGGAGGAGUCCCGCCAGCUCCUGUCCUACGCCCUCAUCCACCCCGCCACCUCCCUGGAGGACCGCGCCGCCCUGGCGCUCUGGCUCAACCACCUGGAGGAGAGGGCCGCCGCCCGCGGAGACUCGCUGGAGAGGCCGCCGCCUGCCGGGCCACACCACCACCAUCACCACCACCACCACCACCAGUCCACACCGCCGUCCACCCUCAGCUCGUCGGGCUCCUCCUCCUCCUCCACCAACACCUCCUCGUCGGGCAACCUGUACUCCCUGCAUCACCACCAGCGCUACGGCUCCGACGACCGGCUCAACGGGUGGCAGAGCUCCAGGGAGUCGGGGCUGGGCGGAGGGUGGCAUCAGCAGCAGCAGGGCUGCGAGAACGGCCACCUGCUUCUCUACCCGUCGUCCUCUGUGCCGACGACCAUAAACACAGUGGGAACCGGCGGAGGCGGAAACACGAUCCUGACGAGCGGCGGCGGCGGCAGCCAGCAGCACAGUCCCCUGAAGCGCUCCGUGUCCCUAACGCCUCCCAUGAGCGGCCCCAGCAGCCAGACCCUGGGCCACGUCUGGCUCUCCCAGGAGGACCUGCGGUCCGCCCGAGGCCCGGCCCCGGACCACGCGCCCCUCUCGCCCCAGAGCAGCAUCGCCUCCUCGGGCAGCGGAGGCAGCGAGCACCUGGAUGAGGCCGGUUUGGGAGGAGGGUCGGGUCUGCAUCGCAGCUCCUUCCACGACGACGGCAGCGGCAUGAGGGAUGUUCCCUCGUGGCUGAAGAGUCUCCGUCUCCACAAAUACGCCGCCCUCUUUUCCACCAUGACUUACGAUGAGAUGAUGUCACUGAACGAAGAUCAGCUGGAGGCGCAGAAGGUCACUAAAGGAGCGAGACACAAGAUCGUCAUCAGCAUUCAGAAGCUCAAAGAGAGGCAGAACCUCCUGCGCAGCCUGGAGAAGGAUGUACUGGAGGGCAGUAAUCUGCGCGCUCCGCUGCAGGAGCUACACCAGAUGAUCAUGACUCCCAUCAAGGCGUUCAUCGGCGGCGAGGAGGCCUCGCUGCAGCGCCCCCUGCUGAGUGCCGAGGGCAAGAGCGUCGCGCCCGGCUCCCACCUGAGCGGGGGAGGCGGCGGUGGUGGGGAGGCGGAGUCGGGCGUGAGCGUCAUCGCAGAGGGGGAUUUACCCGGCCAGUUCACUCGUGUCAUGGGUAAAGUUUGUACCCAGCUGCUGGUGUCGAGGUCGGACGAGGACAACAUCAGCUCCUACCUACAACUCAUCGACAAGUGCCUUAUCCAUGAGUCCUUCACUGAGACGCAGAAGAAGAGGCUGUUGUCAUGGAAACAACAGGUCCAGAGGCUGUUCAGGUCCAUUCCCAGGAAAACCCUCCUCGACAUCGCAGGGUACCGACCGCAGAGGAGCCGUUUUGGCCAGUCCAACUCCCUCCCCACCGCUGGCUGUGUCGGGGGCAGCGUGUCGGCCAGGAGGAGCCUCCGCCAGUUCCAGAUGCCCUCCAGAAGUUUGCCGGGUGCCAGGCCGGGCCUGUUGGGCAGCGGGGGGCUGCUGGGACCCACACCGCGCAGCUCCAGCAGCACACCCACCGGCCCCAAGCAGGGCAGACAGGGUCUGUGGUUCGCCAACCCCGGAGGAAGCAACAGCAUGCCGAGCCGGACCCACAGCUCCGUGCAGAGGACCCGCUCGCUGCCGGUUCACACCACGCCACAAACCAUGGUCAUGUUCCAACAAGCUGAUCUUCAGUUACCAGUGACGGAGCCUGACAUCAACAAUCGCCUUGAGUCUCUGUGUCUGAGUAUGACGGAGCACGCCUUGGGAGACGGUGCCGACCGCACGUCGACAAUAUGAGACGACGGACCUGAGUGAGAGCAGCAGCAGCAGCAGCAGCAGCAGCAGCAGGACAGCGCAGGUUCACGAGGCGCUCUCACGAUAAGUCACCUCGAGGUCACCAGCCCUCCCCGGGGGAAUCCAAGACACACACGAGAGCCGACCAGCAAACGGCCCCCGACACAAGCUAAUCACACGGCUCCGUCCACACUUCCUGCUCCGCCCAGCGCGCUCAUCUGGGCGAGGAGAGAGAGAAGAGCUACGACCGCGACCUGGACGGUGUGCGAGCAGCGUCACCCCCUCCCUCCCUUCCUCCUCCUCCUCCUCCUCCUCCUCCUCCUCCUCUCUCCUGGGGAGUCCAGACGCAGCACUGCAGUCCAGCCCGUCCCCGUCCCCCCCCACUCCCCCACCCGGCAGCAGGGAGACGCUGGCCAGCUCUGUGGAUCAGGGCCCAGCGAUGUCCGAGGCCCCCCCCCC